ACUUAUCUCACUUGAGGCAUUCAUUGCAGCGAAAAUUGAAAUACCCUUCCCAGCAUCUUCUGAUGGUGAGGGGAGCAUUGCUGCGGUUCCUGAGUUCGCUUUUCGCUCUAAAGUGUCAAGUUCAUAAGGGAUAAAAGCCAGCUGAGAGUAUGAUUAGUCUGUCCCCCCCCAAACUAUGGAAGACGAAAGCGCCGACAUCUACCUACAAACGCUUACACAGGCUGAUUCUGGGAGAGCUGAUGUGGAAAAGGCUGAGAGCGACCUCCACCCAUCUCAGAAAGGCAUACUACACGAGAACAGCCCUGAAACAUUGGAGCUACCCAAGUCCCAUUGGUGGAGAAAAACUCUUCCAUUGGGCCUCGUCUUCAUUGCUAUUGCUGUCGGAUCGGAAGUUGUCUUAGACCACACCCGCAACGGAACAGGAUUUGGCAUCAAUCUCAGCGACGCCGGAAUCUCUCGCGUUAAACAGUUCUGGAAGUCAUUUGGGCCAUCUAUUCUUUUUGGUCCAUUGUUCCAUUGGUUCACAGCGCCCUAUGUUAUCACGCUGCUCAAACCCUUCGAAACGAACAGGAUGCGCCAUUGGGCGGUCUUCAUGUUCUCCCGCAUCGCGAUCAGCGGUAGCCUUUUCCAUUCCCUGGCUGGAGCAUAUUUCGAGAUUGUUUCGGUGCCCCAGCAGCGGGACGUGAGCGUGCGUAUCGCAGGUCAUACGGGCCUGGGCUAUGAUGAUGUCGGAUUCACCCCGUUCGUGGAUGCUGCAGGGUUUGUGGGCACCGCUAGCCGGAUCGGUGCUCUGUAUUCUCCAUUUAUUUUUAAUGACACCACUAGCAAGACUAGGAACAUCUGGGUGGUGCCGGACUCUGCUGCUCUCGUUAAUCCUGCCCAAGAUGGGGACGUGAAGCUCACAUUCAGGGGAUUGUCGGUGCAAGCCAGAUGUGCCCCGGUUCCAUCACCAGUGAUAUCGGGUCCGGACACUGCCAACUUGUACAACAUAACGGGGACUCUUUCCCAUAACUGCUCCGCCACAUCCUAUGUCAUCACCAAUGGCACAACAUGGGACGGCUGGAUGGUCUCCGCCCCUUUUGGAUGUGUGCGAAGCAUCGACCCUCGUAACAACUACUCACUCCCUAGUGACCCGUGGUUUUCCCCGUGGCGUUCUCUUUCCUCAAAAACAUAUCGAGCUACUCAAUGGUCUUCUGCUACAGCCUGAUAGAGGAGCACGAUCUCACCGCCACACUUACACUCAAUCAUGACACCCCAUUCAUUUCCGAUGUCGUGGAUCGAGGUAACGUCUCAUUCCUCAGUUGGGGUCCC